AUGAAUCCUACUGAACUGCAUAGAAAGUUGGAGGAGUCUAGGGAUUUCCAGGACCGGUUUUUUGCUUUUCUUGAUGAUAUCAUUGUACACGAUCUACUGGAUGGAAUUCCCUUCGAUCACGAUGGUAAUCCUAGAACUGAAAGGCCUCCUGUUGUACCUAGUGAGGACGCGACUGCCGAAGAAUGGGACAUUUUUCGAUCUGUGAUCAAACAGGAGGUCAAGUAUGUGGGAGAGCAUCUUCAGCAUCAUGUGCAUGAGCCGGUUUGUUACAAAUAUGAUCAUAGCACUUGUCGUUUUCAAUUUCCUCAUGACUACAUUUCCAUCUCUUUCUAUGAUCCCGAAUCGAAGUCAAUUGUUCCGGCAUGUUGCGAUGUUUGGGUCAACUAUCAUAAUAGGUCGAUUCUUGUGUUCGGUCGCUUCAAUCAUGAUUUGAGGUUUGUAUUGUCAGGAAAGUCGUGUAAAUCCGCCAUGUUUUAUAUCACGGAUUAUAUAACAAAAAUGAGCGUUAAAAUGUAUGAGCUGUUGACUUUAUUA